AUAUUACCUUUAAACAGGUUCUGUGUAUUAUCUUUUUCAUUGAAACAUCAGUCUGCAUUCAAUUUCAAUAAGGCUUUAGGAACAACAAACGUCGAUGUUGAAGACAAAGGCAAGAUUUAAAAUCAAUUUGUUUUCAGGAUUGCAUCGCGGAAAAAACGAGAACAAGCGAAAGAUACAUCUACUAUGGCAGGCGUGGCUCAGACUCAGCAUGAAAAGUCAGCACAGCCUCCUACCUACCAACAAACUCUUCCCCUAGCCACGCCUACUAACCCACCACAGUAUCAGCCUCCAACCGAACAGCCAAGCACCGCCCACUAUGCAGCACUGCCAUCGAAUCAGGCGUGGCAAGCACCGAGUAGCUCCGUCCCUCCACCACCCACCUAUAAUGCGCAGUAUAUCGUCCAACAGCCUGGAACAUACGUCUAUCAGACCCACCCACAAACAUUUCAGACUUCUAAUCAGCAGAGCGUGACCGUCAUUCAGGCCAACACUGCCCCGCAGGACUAUUUCAGCUUCAGCCUCUUCGUAAUGCUCUGCUGCUGCCUACCACUUGGUAUUGUUGCUAUUGUGAAAUCUGGGGAGGUCAAGACGAAGGCUUCAGUCGGCGACAUGGCCGGUGCCAGGAUGGCGUCCAUGGAGACCAAACGAUAUGCCUGGAUCGGCUGUUCUAUCGGUCUCAUUAUAUGGAUCGUUGGGAUAAUAUGCCUGUCAGUGUGGAUUGCAUUCAUCGUUAAGGAUUGUAGUGAUGGUUAUUGUUAAGGAGGAUUUGGGAAGGGAUGGAUGAGGGGUGGGGAGGGGGCGCGGGCAUUGCACUCAUGGGCGUGUCUAUUAUAAACACGCCCGCGAAUGCAACCCCCCCCCCCCGAAUGGGUGGAGAGGGGGCGCAUGACAUCACUCUGUUCAAUGGGGGUUGACACAAUCAAAUCUCCGUCAACUCUUGUUUGAAGCGGGGGCUCCCUCCUGGUGAAAGUACAUCAGUGAAGAACCCUAUCACAAAAAAAACUUAAUUUCUAUCAUUUAGCCCCCCCCCCCCAAACACGUACCAUCGCCAUCACCACCACCCAUCUUUCAAAGUUUCUUGGUGCCGAAGAUAUAUGGGCCCCGUCUUACAAAGAGUUACGAUUGGGCCAAUCAACCACAACCAAGGAAAGCCAGCAACGCCAAAAUCUAAAUUUCAAGUUUGUACAAAAUGUAUUUUGUUAUUAAAGGUGAUGAUGUGAUCUAUAUAGAGGCUAAUAAGAGUCGGAACAAGAAUAAUUAGGCCUAUUCGUGUAUGACAUUUAUGAAUAAGUCAAGGACUUUUCUCUCAUCCGACUAAAACUUUUCGAAAUCCACAACCCCCUCCAUUUUCAGCUCACAUUUACACCACGAUCAUCAGUUCUGUUGGCAUGCACACUUUAUAAUGAUAUUGUAAAAACUCUUAAUUUUGAUAUUUCAUA